UCCCCUUCAAGGAACCCCGCCAAAGUCUGUCACUCACCUUCCGCUCCAUACCGCAAGUCGUCCACGCAUGACGAGCCGAAAGCCACAGACAAGAUGCCGUUAAUCAUAGUAUCCGGCCUCCCGACCUCGGGCAAGACGCACCGCGCGAAACAGCUUCAAGCGCACCUCGCCGCCCGCAUCGCCUCGGGCUCGGCCGCAACCACUACCUCCGCCCCGUCCUCCUCGACGACGUCCGCCGAAGGGGCCGCAGCGAGUACCGGCGGGAGACAGCCCUACAGGUUGCACUACAUCUCGGACUCAACCCUCUCCAUCCCGCGCGACGUCUAUGACCUCGACCCGGAAAAGGUGCGCGCGCACACGCGCUCGGCCAACGCCUCAGAAAAGGACGCCCGCGCCGCCGUCUACGGCGCCGUCAAGCGCGUGCUCUCGGACCGGGACAUAGUCAUCCUGGACGGGCUGAACUACAUCAAGGGGUGGCGGUACCAGCUGCAUUGCGAGGCCAAGGCCGUCCGGACGCCGAGCGUGGUGUUGCAAAUUGGUUGCGGCGUGGAGAGGGCCAGGGGCAUCAAUGAGGAAAGGUUAAGGAGGAGGGCGGAAGCCUCUACAACUACGACGACGACAGUGACUACGCAGGCGGCAGAGAACGCCGAGAAGCCCGCGGGGAGCGACGACGACGACGACGACGCAAAGACGGAGGCGGACGGAGAGGAACAGCCCUACGAGCCGGACAACUGGGAGAACCUUGUGUUCCGGUACGAGGAACCGAACCCGAUGACGCGGUGGGACAGCCCGCUCUUCACACUCAUCUGGGACGACGACGACGCGCAGGCUGCCCGGGUCUUUGACGACGUCUGGGACGCGGUCGCAGGGACGGGGCGCAAGGUCGUGAAGCCCAACCAGGCCACCGUCCAGCGCAGCCGCGACGCCGGCGGGGACUACCUGUACGUGCUCGACCGCGAGACACAGGACGUUGUGAGGCGCGUGCUCGAGGCGCAGGGCGAUGGGGACGAGGGCGGCGGCGAGGUCGCCGUCUCCCGCGGAGCCGCAGGCCCCCAAGGAAAGGAGGAGAAGGAGAAGGAGGAGCUGGUGGUCAGGCUCCCCGGGCGCAAGGUCGGGCUGCCGCAGCUGCAGAGGCUGAGGAGGGCCUUUGUCGGGCUGAACCGCGGAGGCAUCGGGCUUGAGGGCGUGGGCAACUUCAGCGUGGAGAGGAUGAGGGAGAGUUUCGUUGGGUACCUCAAUGACACGUUUGACCAGGAGGCUUGACGUCGCAGUGACGCAUCGGGAGACGCAUCCGUAGAGUCUAUACGAUUGAUACCCCCUCUCCCCCUCCUUCUUCCUCCUCUUCAAAUGGUUCAGUCACAAAAGGACCGCCCGUGAGGCUCUCACGAGGUCAUGUCAAAAACAAGGCGACUUUAAGUUACGAAUUUUUAAUCUGUUUGGGGGUCGAAAACUCUACGAGCUGCCAAGGACUAUUUUAUGUUGAUCGUCCCGAUAUCGACAAACGUUUGGAUGGGCUAUUAAUACUCUUAUCUUUGGCCAAGGUGGCUAGGCGGGAGACAGACUGUAUAAAAGCAAUCACUCUCGAUUGCGAUUGCACACUGGCACUCGUGACUUGGACGACAUCAUUUGGCGUCUCGACCGUCGCGGUUCAGUCAUCUCAGAAGCACGAAACACUCGGCUGUUAUUCCACAGGCACACACACACACACGCGCGCGCAAUUGGUUGGAAACGUCGUAUCCACGGC